AUGACAAAUGAUGAGAUGAAUUUAUCAAAAAUUCAUUUUUACCAGAAAACCAGAUUUCCUGGAGUAAUAGGAUGCAUCGAUGGAACUCAUGUUCGAAUCAUAGCACCAAAGAAAAAUCUUCAACAUCUCUAUUUAAAUAGAAAAGGUUACUACAGUCUGAAUGUCAUGAUUGUUUGUGACUACAAAAUGAAUGUGCGUUUCGUAGAUUCCAGAUAUUCCGGUGCUAAUCACGAUUCAUUCGUUUACAAUUUAAGUGAAUAUAAGGAAAUGUUAAAUGAAUUGGAUGAGAACACUUUUAUUUUGGGAGAUGCUGGAUAUCCUUUAGAGAAACAUCUAAUGACUCCAUUUCGAUUGGCUGAAAGUGGGAGUGCAGAAUCACGUUUCAAUACCAUACACGCACAAACAAGAAACAUUAUUGAAAGAACGAUUGGCGUGAUCAAAAGUAAAUUCAGGUGCCUUCUAUCUGCCCGAGGACUGCAUUACAGUCCUGAAAGAGCUGCAAAAUUUGUCAAUGCAAGUUGUGCCUUACAUAACAUAAGCCAGCAUUUUAAAGUAGUAUAUGUCGGUGAAAUUCAAAAUGAUGACGCGAUCGAUUCAAAUGAUCAUGAUGUCAAUGAUUUUGUCCAUGGAGUAACUGAAUCAAGAGCAAGAGAAAUCAGAAACAACAUAAUGAAUUCAUUUUAG